AGUUUUCCCAUCAUUUGCAUUUUGCGUCACGCGGCUGCUAAUACAAUACACACUGCCUAUAUGUCAUGAUCUGACUUUAUUCCGGAAGUUGGGACGGACGCAUUUUUAUCUCACUAUUGUUUAGCGGCAACGUCACAAUCGAUCUGUCCAAACGUUGCAGUCUCCCGACUUAGUUCUCACAAUCAUUUGUUUUGAAACCGAUUUACAUUGAUUGACUGUAGAUAUUAUUUUGAGGAAGCCUUGCCACAAUAGUGAUGACGACUCGAUUUCAAAACUCCACAAAUAUUUACACGUGAUUCAAUUGUGAGCAUAGGUGAUAUCCCAGAGCUACAUGAUUAUAAGAUUAUCAUACUGCGAUUAAUUCUGCGUAUGCAGAGACCCACUGAUGUACCAGUAAUAAUCUUCAUGCUUUCUCUGUGAUAGUAAAGAGGCGAUGUUUUCUGUUUGUCCCCGACGACUGUCUAUCCACUGGAGAGGUUAUUCAACAAUGGACUAUUUUCACUUCCUCCUCAUGGCACCUCUGUGGCUUUCUGUAGUUCUUCAGCUUUUGAUAUGCGUGUCAGCAUCGACUCGCGAUGUCAACAUCGGAGAAAAUACAUUUAAGGUGUGCACCACCUCUCUAUGUAACGACGUGAAGUGUGGAGACGUACCAGGUGACCAAACCCCUUGCCAUUGCGACUAUGCCUGUGAGUUCUACAACGACUGUUGCGGGGAUUUCGAAAGUGCUUGCUCUGCGAUGGAAUCUGCAGAGAGCACAAGGGGUUUCUAUGAGACAGUGGACGCUUUGGAAGAAGUUGAUCUGGCGUGCAUCUCUCCGAAUUCAGGUGCGGUAGAUGCCUACUGGAUGAUCCAGUCAUGCCCAGAUAAAUGGAAGGGCGACGUUGUGCGAUAUAAGUGCACAUCAAGGAAGCCUUCGUCAAACACUGAUUUGGUGCUUCUACCGAUGGUACACGGUGGCGUUACUUACAGAAAUGUAUUUUGCGCUGUCUGCAAUGGGAUUGAGCUUAAUCACGAAAAUAAUAGUAUCACUGGAUGGAAAUUUGAGUUCAAUUGCUUAAAGGAGUAUGCUACACGUCUUGAGUCGAGAAACGUAACCCUUCAGGAACUAAUUAAUUCUGCAAAUUGUGAACCACGUUUCUCACCUCCAACAGAUGUGCCAAAAAGUAGCCUUCGCGCAUGUCUAAACAAUAACUAUGUUGCAAGUUGCCCGACUGAUGCGCCACAGAGUCUACGAGAGGGAUGCAUGUCAUUCAGUAGUGUCUACACAGAUGAUUCGACAGGUCGACUCUACAAGAAUCCAUACUGUCAACUUUGCAAUGAGGGCGUUAUAAGUACAAAUCGGACGAUGAAUGAACACAGUGAGUACUUGGAAAGAAUUUGCUCUUCACCAGAACAGUCACUCACACCAGUCAUCCAGAGCAGCGGCAGAAGCUUUGAUUUUGAUUUAGGAGUUGACGAUGAAAGCUUCAUCGACAAAGAUACCGACAGCGUUUCCUUGAUUCCGAUCUCCGUAAUUGUUGACUUUUCGGGUAAGAGCGGGGUGUCCAUCUUCUAUUCUGAGAACAUAGUCGUAAAAAGGCAAGUGACGUGCAACGAUGGUGAAGUCUUCGAUCUGACAUCUGAUGGAUGUGUAGCCGUCACCUGUGCUGACGGUUAUACCCUCACUGAUAGCAGGUGUGUCAGGGAUUCGCCGUCGUUUAAUCUCACAUGUGGAAACGAAGGAGCUGAUUUGGAAUUAUCACUGACUGCGGUGAUAUUGACAGCGCUCAAUGAGACAUAUCUUCAGUCAGAUAUUGAUCAGUUGGACCGUCUUACGAAUUGCAUUGCUACCAGCCUCCUAUUGUCCAACGAUUCUUUAAUCUUCAACGAUAAGAUUUCAUUGGAUAAUAGCACUAAUUAUUCUGGAAGCAUUUCUGACCACACGAAUAUCCCGCAAGAAGGACACAUGUACAUAUCCGUAGAGUACAGAGUUGACGCAAAGGCCAUUACGUAUGCCGAACUUGAAGAAUCCAUCGACAGAUCCCUUCUGAAUGUUUAUCAGUCGUCGUUGGGUUGUUCAAUUCAGAAGGUUGAAAUUUCACAAAGAUGUAUCGCAGUAGAAGGACUUCACAAAUGUCAAGACGGCCAUGAGGAGCUUUUAGACCCUUCAUUUCAGAUUUUUAAUGGCACAUCAUUUGUUUACGAUAAUGAGACAGGUGAUCUGUAUCACCCCUAUGAAACGGAGUUGGUAGCGAGCUAUGAUCGUCAGGAUUCAUUACCCAUUCAGAGUUUCCAUAAGAAUGAAGUGGUUCGUAUCUGCGAUCGAGGGAAUGUUCUUUCCUGUCCGUUGAUAACUCGAAAUGCAUCAUUCUACACAACAGUUACUGGAAAGGCGCUCUUUCUGAGAGAUAGGAAGACCGAGGAAUUGAUUGGUCCAGAUGAAUAUAUGCUGACAUCAGACGGCAACAUCCAAGUCUGUGUGCCAGUGGGCUCUGGUCAAAAUGGAACAGUGAACGACACUGUUGUGAAAAAUUUCUUUCGGUACGACCAGUCACAGAUUAUUCUUAGCUAUGUUGGUGUGUGUUUGUCGCUCCUUGCGCUGAUCGUCACCUUUCUGACGUACAGUACCUUCCCUGUCCUCCGGCAGUGCGUCAGCAACAAACUCAUCAUGAUCCUCUGUGUAGCUCUAUUUGCUGCUCAACUCUUCCAGUUACUGAAUGGUCUUGCAACAGGGGAUGAACAAACAUGCAUGAUUGUAGCAGUCGUGGGUCACUUUCUUUGGCUCUUAGUUUUUGCCAUGACAACCGUUCUGGCGAUUGAACUGGAUAGGACUUUUGGCAGUUUGAACAACUUCACCGUGUCGUCAGACAGUCUCAUAUCGCUUUUGAAAUAUUCAGCAUUCGCCUUUACAUUAGCCGGCGCAAUCGUGGGCACAUGCCUUGGAAUUCAUUUCACAAUAGGCGAUGAGAUUAACUUUCACUAUGGGAGUGAAACUCUAUGUUGGAUCGGUGAUAGAACUGUAAAUCUAAUAGCAUUCGGUGGCCCACUUGCCGUCUUUUUGUUCGUCAACACAAUUUUGUUUGCACACACGGUCCACGGAAUAAGACAUGUGACCAAGGUCCGAAAUCGUGCCAUCCGACAUGCCAGCACCCUGAAGGAAAGGGGAAAGGAGCUACGGAUAUAUUGGAAGAUCUCAACAUUGUUAGGUUUCACCUGGCUGUUCGGGUUCGUAGCAGCCUUUGCCGGCGUGUCAGCCCUGUGGUAUGUCUUCAUCAUCCUCAACUCUCUCCAGGGCGUCUACAUCUUCCUGGCUUUCAUGGCCAAUAAACGAGUCUUACAUCUCUGGACCGGCGUACUGUGCUACAGGAGACGAGGUGGAGCGCUUAGGAAGCACGGGAAAGGCAAUCGCAGCAGUGGAAAAUCAACGACAUUGACGCUGGUUGCAGGAACAGUAUCGACGGCAACGGAUCACAGAAUAUCCAACCAAUUCACAACUUGGAAUUCAUCAGACGUGUCAAAGGUGUAAAUAGUCACACUGUGUUGACAAAGUUGUCUGCAAACGGAAUUUUGACAGACUAUCAUCCACUAUAGUUGCGACGUCGAGCAAAAACUGUACAGCUUUUACGGUUGCCAUAUUUCAGACAUUUUAAUUUAAUGGCUUCGUUACCACGACACCUGAGACACGAAAUCUAAGAUCGUUUCCAUGAAUAUAUUGAUAACUUGAUAACUUUAUCUACCAUGAGAGCAACUUUAAUGUUACCCUUGAUACCAUUUAAGCCUUGUUCUACUCCGCCUAUUUGUGAAUCGAUCACUCUGAUAAUUUAGAUGUCAUCAUGUUCAUGUUUGUUUGUUCAUUUAUUCUAGAAAUUACCUAUUAUUGUUUGUUAAUUGUUGAUUGUCUUUAAGUGUGCGAAUACAAUAUUACCAAAAAAAAGAAAAAAGUAACAGUUCUGAGACAAUAUGGCAUUACUUGUGAUCCAUUUUACACGCGCCAGCUCCCCCCCCCCAAAUGAAGAUGUUUGAUUUGCCACUUGACCCCCCCCCCCUUAAAAAAAGGGGGAUCCCUCGCCCUUAAUCUAUUUUCCCUAACCCAUUUGACAUCAUGGUGUCAUACUCGAACAAUUAUACAAUUAUCGACUACAAUUAUCAAAAAAUUUAGAUAAUGUUGAACAUAUUUUGAGCUUAUAUUGUCACAUCUGCAACCUCGUACAUAUUUGUGUGUUAUAAUUGAUGUUCUUAAAGAAUGUAGAUUACAUGUCAUUUGCACCGAGGAAAGUAAAUACAGUGAAACAAACAAACAAUCGAAUAAAGUACAACAGGUUGCAAUAUUGGGUGUCCUUUAAAUCAUCCAAUAUUAUACGAAGUAUGAACAAAGUAUGAAACUUCAUGUCCCACGCUAAUUUGUGUAUAUAGGUCUAUAAUAGGCCUAUUGAGGAUCAUUAAUAAUUAAUGAUCCUCAAUAAGUUUAAUGAAAUCUGUGAUUACGAAUUCACACUAAAUACUAGGCUUCAUAUAUAUAUAUAUAUGACGUAUAUAACGUAUAUAACGUAUGACGUAU